AUGAGUUUUCCAAUAAAUACGGAACUAGAAGCCACUCUGCUUGUUCUUGCAGCAAAGUCUGUGACUGCCAGCUGAUAACAUGUCGAGGUUGCUCCUCUCACUCACAUUGCUUCUCUACCUACGAUUUGUGUCGGCUUUCGACGAAGAAUUACCUAGAAUCGCAAUUGUCGGCGCUGGCAUUGGAGGAACAUCAACAGCUUACUACCUACGUCAACUGUUUGGGGACCAAGCCGUCAUAGAUAUAUAUGAAUCCAAUAGUGUUGGCGGACGUUUGGACACUUUGAAAUUUGACGGAGAAUUCAUAGAAACUGGUGGCAGUACACUUCAUCCCAAAAAUGCUUACAUGCUGAAUUUUACAAAGAUUUUAGGCUUGGAAGCAAAAGAGCUUGAAAACAAUGGAUUUGGAAUAUACGAUGGCAAAGAGUUUCAGUUUAGAACCAGUAGUUACAAAAUUGUAACCCUCCUGAAAGCUUUCUGGCGUUACGGAAAUGAUUUGCAGAGAGUUGCAAAUUGGGUAGAUGAUUUGAUUAGCAAAAAAUUUACCCGGAUCUACAACCACCAAUUAAAAGGGUAUGCCUUUACUACUGUGAAAGAUCUGCUGUUAUCCAUGGACCAAUUAAUGCUAAACUUAACCACCAGACCCUUAGAAGAAACUUUGAAAGAAAUGGGCUUUUCUGAUCGCUUUAUUGCAGAGCCUGUUACUGUGGCUGUCCGAACAAAUUAUGGCCAGACAGUCAAUAUUCAAUCAUUUGUUGGGUCUCUCGCACUGGCAGGCAUGCAACCCGGUUUGUUUGCCAUAAAGGGUGGAAACAAGCAGGUGUCCGAAAAACUAUUAAAGGAGUCUAAAGCGAAUUUUAUUCACGCCGAAGUAAAAAAAAUCUCAUUGUUAAAGGAACACGAUUCCAUACAAUAUGAAUUAUUCUAUAAACCCCACAACUCGACCGAACAAAAUUCCAUGCAAAACCAUAUAUACGAUAUUGUCAUAAUUGCUAUGCCACUCCAUCAGGAUAGCAAAGAUAUCAAAUUUGAAGGGUUUAUAUCACCAUUAUCCUAUAGCCAACCUUUUUACAGAACUGUGGCCACAUUCAUUCAAGGAGAGGUGAACGCCUCAUUUUUUGAUUUUGAUAAAGAAGGCGACCUGCCGAAUACUAUUUUGAUUAACGCAGAACCAUACUUCAUAAAUUCCAUUUCAAAGAGACGAAAGAACCUCUGGAAGGUGUUCUCCCGGGAACUGCUAACCGAAAGCGAGAAAAAUCUGUUGUUCAAAAGCAUUGAGAAAACGACCGUCUACAACUGGUUGGCCUACCCAGCUUACAGUUCUUCUCAGAAGUUACUUCCCUUUGUUCUACACGACCAACUCUACUAUGUGAAUGCUAUGGAAAGCGCUGCUUCCACGAUCGAGACCAGUGUAAUUGCGGCUAGAAACGUGGCACUGCUUGUCAAAAACCAUUGGUUCAAUCUCUUUGAUUAUAUCGACGAAAUACCAAAUGAAUCAGACGAAAAUAAAAUAAAAGGAGAAUUGUAGCCAUUUUUUUCUCUUCAUCUAGAAAGGCUGGUACUACCAGUCCUUAUCUUUUUCACACUAUUUUCUUGAUUUUUUUUGAUUUUUUUUAGAAACAUCAAGGAUCAGAUUUAGGGUGAGAAGAAAUGGCAUGCGAAAGUCCUUUCCUUCCCUUACCCAAAUCUAGGUUCAGUUGAACUGAUAAUUGGUGCCUUUUGCUAAUUCCUCUCUCUAAAAAUGGAUGGCGUUCUAGUCAGACAUUGUAUUAGGAAGAAAGGUUCCGCUACUGCUGUAAGAUCGCUGAGAGCAUUUGUCUGCGUUUCAUCUGAUAUUUUUUUGUGAUUUCAGUGAUAUGAUUAUCACAUAGUUGAUAUCUUCCUGCAAUUUGUUAAUGGUGAUGUGUAUAGUUAUAGGUCUUGAUUCAUUUAACGAUUCGUAUGUCUUUAAAAUAAACUGCCUUCCAAAUAUUACAGCUUGUUUGUCUGAGAAAAGAAGCUAGAAGGUGCUAGCUUCCAGAUGUUAUAACUUGUAUUUAUAAGGAAAAUUUCUGGCUACUAGAUACUUUGGUUUGUUUGUCUAACAAGAGAAUCUGCCUUCCAAACAUAAUGUGUGUCUGUCUAAGAAAAGAGGCUAGCUAGCUUCCAAAUAUAGCUUGUAUGUAUAGGAAAAAGGCUGACUGGUAGAUCUAGUGGUUUGUUUACCUAGCACAGGCACGAGCAACCUUUUCUCAAGGAGCAGACCACAUGAGACAUGGCUUCACAGUGUAACAAAAUUUUUAUUUUUGUCUUUGGCCUGUGAUAUUUCAUGUUUGCUUCUAUUUAGAAAUGAAAGGAAAUCCCUACUAGUCCCUUUCUGGACAUCAAUGUUUUGAAACUGACCUAUUUUCCAUUACAUUUCAAAUAGUCAGUGAUGAGUCGCUGAAGCAGAAUUUUCUAGAAGUUUCAAGAACUUUCAAGACGUUUCUAAAAGUUUCAAGAAUUUCUCGGACAUUCUGGCAACAUAGAUCAUCAUCAUCAUCAUCGUUUAACGUCCGCUUUCCAUGCUAGCAUGGGUUGGACGAUUUUGACUGAGGGCUCGCAAACCAGAUGGCUGCACCAGUAUCCAAUCUUCAUCCGGCAGAGUUUCUACAGCUGGAUGCCCUUCCUAAUGCCAGGGAUCAUAAGCUUAACAGUUCAGUUUAUUUCUAGCUGUCCAAGUGGAGACAAGUUUGAGGAAAGCAAAUUGAAGAAAAUAUCAGCCAUUUAUCAUAAUUUCCAAGGGUAGGCAAAUAGGAAAUAACAUUUGCUACCUGUAGAUAAAGAUCAUGUUACAUAGUUUUAUCAGGCAUGUCGUGCUACUA